CCUGAAAAAAUUCUAUGAGAUGAGGUUUUAAAGUACAUAGACCGGUACCGCGGUACGGUCAAUACAGUCUCGGGGUGCUCUAAAGAAAGCUAGCUAUAGCUGGCACACGGUGUCCCGGGACUGUGAACAAUGAGCAAACGUUUCACGUCCGCGGCGGAGAAGACAGCUCCUCAACCGUCCACCGCCGCCGUCCAAAGAAACAAACGCCAUGGAACUCCAACCACUAUUCUCUCCCUGGACCUCGACAUCCUCUGCACGAUCUUCUCCUUCCUAGACAUGUUCGACACCGUUCGCUGCUCUCUCGUUUGCAAAUUCUGGAAUGGAAUCGUUUGGUCUCGGACGCUGCGAGAGUUUUAUGAGAGGAAGGUGAAUGACUCUUCUUCUUCUUCUUCUUCUUUUCCGAGUUCAUCUGAAUUGAAUGAAAGGACCUUGGGUAGGGUUCUGAGGAAUGUUGCUAUGAAUCAGCAUCGAUUGGCGCUUCAAAAGGGUGUCUUUCAUGUUGAUCUGUGGAGAGGGCAUUCAACUAGGGUUGCUCAGUGCCGAAUGAAAAAGGGCAUGGUUGGGACUGGAGUGGGUGAUAAGGUUAUUCGUCUCUGGUCACUAGACAGUUACAAAUGCAUAGAAGAAUACUCGACACCAGAAACGUUCCCUCUAGUUGACUUUGAUUUUGAUGAGAGCAAGAUUGUCGGUCUAAUUGGUACUCGUUUGUGCAUAUGGCGGCGGAAUGGGAAAAGAAGCAUAUUUCCUUCUAAUGAAGGCAAAUUUGGAAAAGGUUUAUGCAUGCGUUACAUUGAUCAUGAAGCCGUGGUUGGAUGUGAUGAUGGAACUGUUAGAAUUUUUGAUAUGUACAGUAGGAGUUGCUCUCAAAUAAUAAGAAUGCAUGGUGCACCUAUAACGUGUUUAUUUUUCGGUGAAGAUCAAUUGAUACUGAGUGGCUCCAUUUCAGGGAGUAUUACAAUAUCAGAUCCUUCCUCUGUUAAGCAAGUAACAACACUCAGAUCAAACGACAUUAGAGGCAUAAGGACCUUGUGUUUCAAUCCCUCUUCUCAGCUACUAUUUGCUGGAUCAUCUUUUGGAUAUGCAUAUUGUUGGGACCUUAGGACAAGGAGACAAUUGUGGGACAAACGAGUGAGUCCUAGUGUAGUAUAUUCUCUACAUCACUUGCAGAAUGACACAUCAACACUAGCUGUUGGUGGAAUAGAUGGUAUCUUAAGGUUUCUAAAUCAGGAUGAUGGCAAGAUUGUUUCAUGCUGUAUUAUGGAGAAUAAAUUUCAGAGUUCUUCAGGUUCCAUUCAAAGAAGGAAAGGGAGGAGGUUGCCUGAUGACACCUUCGAAAAUAUUCAGACCAUUCCUACGACUGCUCGACCUUCUAUUACAUGCCUAGCCGUUGGAAUGAAGAAGAUUGUUACCACACACAAUACCAAUGACAUUAGAUUAUGGAAAUUCAAAGAUAAUACUUUUAGGCUUUAAAAUUAUGAGUUUAGGAUCUGAUUACUCUCUCUUUGGGUUACUUAUCUUGUAAAAAAUGGAACAUGAAGCUCACGAAGUAAGGAUUGAAUCCAAAGCAAUUCUGCA